CGGAAAAAAGAGCCCGAGGACAGGAGCGAGGGAGGGGGCAAGGUGCGGGGGGCGGCACGGCCCGAGGACGCCAGGCGGCCUAGAGGUCCCCACGCGCGACGCAGCCCGUCCGAUGUGACGAGCCCCGCCCGCCGAGCGCCGGCCCUACACGCGGGGGUGAUGUGAGCAGAGCCCAGGAAUGCCUUAUGUGGAUCGGCAGAACCGAAUCUGUGGGUUUCUGGACAUCGAGGAGAAUGAGCACAGUGGCAAGUUUCUGCGGAGAUACUUUAUUCUGGACACCCAGGCCAACUGCCUGCUCUGGUACAUGGACAACCCCCAGAACCUGGCAGUGGGGGCCGGAGCUGUUGGAUCUUUGCAGCUGACCUACAUCUCAAAGGUGAGCGUCGCUACUCCAAAGCAGAAACCAAAAACUCCAUUUUGCUUUGUUAUCAAUGCCCUGUCACAGAGGUAUUUUCUUCAAGCCAAUGACCAGAAGGACCUGAAGGACUGGGUUGAAGCCCUGAACCAUGCCAGCAAGAUCACUGUACCCAAAGCUGGGGGCCUGCCCCUGACUACUGAAGUUCUUAAGAGCAUAACAGCCACCCCAGCCCUGGAGAAGAAGCCACAGGUGGCCUACAAGACAGAGAUCAUCGGAGGGGUGGUGGUGCACACACCCAUCAGUCAGAAUGGUGGCGAUGGGCUGGAAGGGAGUGAGCCAGGGUCCCACGCCAUCCUGCGGAGGUCUCAGAGUUACAUCCCCACGUCAGGCUGCCGUGCUUCCACUGGGCCCCCCCUCAUCAAGAGUGGCUACUGCGUGAAGCAAGGGAAUGUGCGCAAGAGCUGGAAACGUCGCUUCUUUGCACUCGAUGACUUUACCAUCUGCUACUUCAAGUGUGAGCAGGACCGAGAACCACUGCGCACCAUAUUUCUCAAGGAUGUUCUCAAGACCCAUGAGUGUCUGGUCAAGUCUGGUGAUCUCUUAAUGAGGGACAACCUGUUUGAAAUAAUAACCAGCUCCAGGACCUUCUACGUGCAGGCGGACAGUCCAGAGGACAUGCACAGCUGGAUUAAGGAGAUUGGGGCAGCUGUCCAGGCCCUCAAGUGCCACUCCAGAGAAGUAUCUUUUUCUAGAUCCAUUUCUUUGACUCGACCUGGAAGCUCCAGCCUCCCAGGUGGGCCUAACUCUGUCUUGUGCCGAGGACGGCCACCUGUGGAAGACAAAAAAGCCCUCUGCAAAGCCCCCUCGACAGCCUGCUCCUGGCAACCUUGGACACCUGUCCCCCAGACCGGGGAAAAGCUGCUGCCUGCAGAGGAGACUACAGAGGACUCUCUGUUCCUGCCUCGACUUGCGGAAAGCAGCGUCACUGGGGUGGUGCCAAGCUCCCGGAUGAGGCACAGAUCAGAGCCCCAGCACCCCAAGGAGAAGCCAUUUUUGUUCGACCUUGACGAUGAAAGCAUACGGACCUCUGAUGUGUGACAUUUUGUGACGAGGCACAGUGCAUGGCAGGGGAGGGACAGCGGAGGCAGGGCUGGACAGAAAGAGGCCAGGACUCGGGUUCUCUGCCUUGCUGCAGGUUAGAGGCCUUGGUGGUGCUUGUUGUCCUGUGGGUAUCCUAUGGGAGGGUCCAUGCAGCUGGCUUCUUUGAUAUUAUCAAUGCAGUGUAUUUAAUUUAGGAAAAUCAUUAGGUUAGAUCUGUAGGGCAUACUCAGUGGAUACUGUGCUGCCUCUUGUCAAAUUCCAAGGUCUUUCUGGUGGGGUCAAUUUAACAUCUCCUUUCUGGAAGCAGUAUGGAGUCCAGUUAUUUCCCUAGCCAAGUUCUAUUUCUUUGUCUUUGUUCUAGUUUCUUCCUUUUAUUUCAAUCCAGGCACGGGAUUUUAGGCCAGUCACUUGGUUUUAUACUAUUUCUAUUAAUUGGCUGAAGUUUGUGAAGCAGGAGGGUGGCAGCUGACCCCACUGAAAGGAGCUGGGGUAGAGUAGACCCAGGCUCUAGCUGGACUGGGGUCCACCCCAAGAGGCAGUUCAAAUCCUGAGGGUCUGGAGGGCAGAUCCCUCAGGAGACUCCCAGGAAAGAGGUGGGGUCUGUGUGAGGUAUGGGGAAUAAUCCAAUGCCAGUGGAUUAGCCGGUUUUAGAAAUUACUCUGUUCUCCUUUUGAUGGUCUGUAACCCCCCAGUGCUGCAGACAUAGGUGGCACCAGUCAGUAGAUGUGUCCUACCCAAAGGGUGGGCUUACCAGUGUUAAGUGCCAGGGCUUUUGAGAACAGAACAGACGUCUCCCUCAAUAUGGUGUUGUGUGAAAUGUGUGGAGGAAAUCUGGUGAAUGUGUGAAAAUUCACGUGUAAUAGCUUGAUCUCUAUCUCAGUUUUAGAAUAACUUACAGGAAGAUGUUGAGAAGAGAUGGGUGAUGGUUUGUCCUGCUAAGCUUUUUAAAUCCAUGUUUUCCAGUCAAGAAAAAAGUUCUGGUCUUUUAAAUGAACCACCUGUCUGAUAUUAAGUGCUGUGUAUCAUCUAUACCCUGCAGCUUCACCUGCUUUUUGUCCUUUUGUUGUUCGUUGGUUGCAGCUAUACGUGCUUGCAUGGUAAAAUCUUGUACUUAACAGUGGGGAGAUACAAAGCUAAUCUUGUGAUGUUUAUAUUCUUUAGGGGAAUAGAGAAUGGGUAUAAACACAUUGAUUUUAAAGGUUCUGACUGGCUGUUGAGAGGUUUCCCAGCAGAAGAGCAUCGGAGAUUGAGUUUUCUACCUGUACUCUAGGGUGUGUCUUUUCUUUGGCACAAGGCACAGUUCCCAGGGCCCAUAGGAGCACCUGUCUACCCAGCUUCUGCAGUGACUUGCUAUCAGAAUCUUACGAGGGUUUCCUGCAGUGAUAGAGAAUUUAGCUAAUUACUAGCUGUCAUUUUUACUUCAUAGAUCAAUUAACUAUAUUUUAAAUUAAAAAUUAGCAACCGGAGGAAGAGACUAAGAGAAACAUUUGUACCUUAGUAAAUCCUGCUCCUUGUGUCCACGUCUGAUAAAGAGGUGAACUCUCAAUGAAGGGCUUAUUAGUGUUUUCAGGAAAGCAUGUUUCUUCUGGGCCCUGUGUCCCCUUGAAGCCUGGGUCACUUGGGCUUUUAGUGCCUUCACGUAGAUUAAGUUUGGUCUAUGGUUCUGGUCUAAAAAUGAUCUUUCUUUCUUUCUUUCUUUCGUUCGUUCGUUCGUUCGUUCGUACCAGGAUUCAAACUCACAACCUCACGCUUACUGGGCAGGCGUGGUGCCACUGAGCUGUAUCCUGGCCCCUCUGCCCGUGUUUCCUAACCUUCUGACCAAUUUUAAACCACUGUCUUUUAGUGUGAGCCAAAGAUGCUGCACAGAUAACUGAAACAUUUGCUUUUAAUUGUUUGAAAUGGAACCAAAUGGAAAAAAAUAAGAAAAUAAGAUGGGAAUACAGGAUAGGUAAGUGGUUAAAUGCAUAGGUUCUAGAAUAAAUCUGAAUUUAAUAAAACAAACUUUCAUUCUUUGUGGAAUGAAAGCCUGUGUCUGAGUUGCCCUUUCCCUUAUUGCUGCUGAGUGAUCACAAGCCCUGGUCCAACAGUAUUCCAGGUGGGCUUCUCCUCCGGGAACUGCUUACCAUCUAUCUGUUCUUGAAAACUGGUAACUUGCUUCUCAAGGUCGAGUGAUGGUUGGAGAAAAUAGUUUGCCUUUGCUUUCUGUGAGACAUGGAGGAUAAGGAGGUACUUACCUUGGACAGUGGCCUCUGGUCACAAUAGCAGAAUUAUACCUCUGUGUGUGACAGGAAUGCUGAGCUCCUGUGAGAAAAAGGUCCAGCUUCUUGGUUUACUGGGAGCAAAAUAAUGUUUUCCUUUCUGAAUAUAAAUGUUCCUUUUUUUUUUUUUUUUUUUUGUCUUUUUGAGACAGGGUCUUGCUAUGCAGUUCAGGCUGGCUCACUUUGUAGCCCAGGCUUGUCUCGAACUUACAACGAUUCUCCUGCCUCAGCCUCCCGAGUGCUGGGAUUAUAGGCAUGAGCCACCAUGCCCGGCUUAUAAAUGUUCUUGACAUGGACCGAAAUGACCUGAUGUGUAAUAGCAGAGUCAGUAGUUGAGCAGUGGAAUUUGAUAGGUUUGUUUUCAGUGUCAACCCGAUAAACAGGCAUAUGGCAGCGUCAACUGCGUUUUGAAAAUCAAGUUUCCCAUAUUAGCUUUGUUUGUUAACUUUGAACAUGUCGGAAAUGGGCAGGUUUAUGACUUAUUUUCUACCAGCAUCUUUUUUUCUCCUUAGACCUGUUUGCUGUCUUUGCUCUGGCCUGUCACUCAUGCUAGGUAGAGUCUGAAUAAAGCGAAUGUUCAGCCAAAACGUGCAGUUUGAGCCCUUUCCAGUCGCUUGCAAUGGUUUGAACCAGGAGGUUUCAGCUGCUUUCAGUCCCGAGCUGAGUGCAUGGAAACUUACGCUUCUCAUUUUCUGUGAUCUGCUAAUUGGUGUGUAGCAGAAAUAAUUUUCUAAAACUGUUUUGUGGCUUGUUUUGUAAUAAAACCAGUACUGAAAUGUGA